CACACUACGUCGUCUGCACAUGGAAAUUCGCAUUCAAAACAAUAAUAUGAACGACCAUUUGUUUUGAAUUCCAUAAUUAACAAUCAGGCGACAUGUUCGUGCUGGCCGAGCUGAAGGACAAUGUGCGAAUUGCGCCGGACCAGUUCCACCUGAAGUUGGUGGACGCCGUGCGUGACGAGAUCGACCGCAAGCUGGCCAAUAAGGUCCUGCUCAACGUGGGUCUGUGCAUGGCUCUGAAGGAUAUUGUUUCACUGAAGGACUCUGUGAUCCUGCCGGGCGACGGAGCCUCGCACACGGAAGUGCUCUUCCGGUAUGUGGUCUUCCGGCCGAUGGUGGGCACCGUGAUCACCGGAAAGAUACGGAACUGCAGUCGGGAAGGCGUCCACGUGACACUGGGCUUCUUCGACGACAUCCUCAUCCCACAUGCCGCCUUGCAGCAUCCCUCCCGCUUUGACGAGGCCGAACAGGCCUGGGUCUGGGAAUAUCCACUGGAGGACGGCGCCAAGCACGAUCUCUUCAUGGACGUGGGCGAACCCAUCAAGUUCCGGGUCUCACGAGAGAUUUUCGAGGAAACGUCGCCCAUUGGACCGCCCAAGGCGGAGGCCCAGUCGCAGCAGGGACCCGGCACAUCCUCGGCUGCCGCGUCAGCCACCUCCCAGGAAGUCAAGACACCGUACAGGAUUAUUGGUGCCAUCAACGAAUCCGGCCUGGGCGUGCUCUCCUGGUGGGAUCAGCAGGGCAAAGAUGAUGAACAGGACGACGAGGAUGAGGACGAGUAUGAUAACGACGAGGAUGGCGAAGGCGCCUGCGAGGAAUAACCCUGACAACUCAACUGUAUAAUAAAUGCCCCCGGUACCAUGUUAAGAUGUCGAUUUAAAAUAGAAAGAGUAAUGAACUGAAAA